CUACUUGUCACUGCUGUCGCUCUCUGCCUGUGCGUGCCCGCGGUGAAUUGGUCCAGCAUCUCUGCGCAGGCAAUGGGGCAAAUAUAGAUGUAAAGAAAAAAAAUAGAUUUGAAAAUAUGUAACCGCGGAAUAAGUUCUCGGCGUCGGCAGCUUUGCGAUGAGGGAAGGAGAAUAUGGCAGAUUGGAUUUUGCGUUGCCCCUCUGUGGAGGACGGAGCGGUAUACUGAGAGAAAUAAUGCGGAAUAUUUCCCCCCCAUAGGUGUUAACAUAGAAAAUACAAGAUGAAGAAGCAAUUCAAUCGGAUGCGACAGCUCGCCAACCAAACGGUGGGAAGGGCAGAAAAAACAGAGGUGUUGAGUGAGGACCUUCUGCAGGUGGAGAAGCGUCUGGAUCUGGUCAAGCAGGUGACACACAGCACUCACAAGAAGCUGACUGCCUGCCUGCAGGGUCAGCAGGGGACUGAUAUGGAGAAGAGGUCUGUCAAGUCACCUUCUAAAAAACUACCGCUCACGAUCCUGGCACAGUGCAUGGAAGAAGGGGCUGCAGUGUUGGGGGACGACUCUCUCUUGGGAAAGAUGCUAAAGCUGUGUGGAGAGACAGAGGAGAAGUUGGCUCAGGAGCUCAUUCAGUUUGAGUUCCAGAUAGAGAGAGAUGUGGUGGAGCCUCUCUAUGUGCUUGCUGAGGUGGACAUUCCCAACAUCCAGAAACAGAGAAAGCACUUGGCUAAGCUUGUCUUGGACAUGGACUCCGCACGAACAAGAUUCCAGCAGUCGUCCAAGUCAUCCAGCCACCCAAGUACUCUGCAGCCUGGCGCCAAGUCCGAGUCCCUAAGAGAGGAGAUGGAGGAGUCGGCCAAUCGGAUGGAAAUUUGUAGAGAUCAGUUGUCGGCAGAUAUGUACAAUUUUGUGGCCAAAGAAAUAGACUAUGCAAACUACUUCCAGACACUGAUAGAAACACAGGCGGAAUAUCACAGGAAGUCAUUAGAGAUUCUUCAUAGUGUCCUGCCCCAGAUUAAAGCUCACCAAGAGGCGUGGGUGGAGAAGCCGUCGUUCGGCAAGUCCCUGGAGGAACACCUGAAUAUUAGUGGGAGAGAGAUUGCCUUCCCCAUCGAAGCCUGUGUCACCAUGCUGUUAGAGUGCGGCAUGCAAGAGGAGGGCCUCUUCAGAGUGGCUCCAUCGGCCUCCAAGCUGAAGAAGCUGAAAGCCUCCCUGGACUGUGGAGUUCUUGAUGUGCAGGAGUAUUCCUCCGACCCACACGCCAUCGCAGGGGCCCUGAAAUCAUACCUCCGUGAGCUCCCAGAGCCAUUGAUGACCAUUGAACUUUAUGAUGAAUGGAUUCAGGCCUCCAACGUUCAAGACAUGGACAAGAGGUUACAAGCAUUAAUGGCAGCGUGUGAAAAACUCCCCACAGACAACUUGAACAAUUUCAGAUAUCUAAUCAAAUUCUUAGCCAAGCUGAGUGAGUAUCAAGAUGCAAACAAGAUGACUCCUGGUAACAUGGCCAUUGUUCUUGGACCUAACUUGCUGUGGACGCAUACUGAACCGAACAUGACAGAGAUGAUGACCACCGUGUCUCUACAGAUUGUUGGCAUCAUUGAGCCCAUUAUCCAGCAUGCUGACUGGUUCUUCCCUGGAGAGAUUGAAUUCAACUUGACAGGCAGCUAUGGCAGCCCGAUCCACACCAACCACAACUCCAACUACAGCUCCAUGCCCUCACCUGACAUGGACCAAUCCGAUCGCAAGCAGCAGCACGACCAGAGCCGACGCCCACUGAGUGUCGCCACUGACAACAUGAUGCUGGAGUUCUACAAGAAAGAUGGCAUUAGGAAGAUACAAAGUAUGGGCGUCCGGGUUAUGGACACUUCCUGGGUUUCUCGUAAGGGUUCGUCCACGCUGGCGCGCAAAGCCUCCUCCACACCUCCAGGCAUGCAAGGCCCUGGCUCUCCCGCAGACACACUGAUCCCAGAGCAGCCUGGAGAACUCGCCACCUCUCCGUCCGCCACACCCCCACCUGGAGAAAGGGUUUGCUCAGACAACGUGUCGCCCAAUCGGCCGGACACCUCUCAUGCCCACCCACCCCCAGGGGAGGAUCGGCCACCCCCCCCUUAUCCCACCUCCUCAUGCCACACUCUUCCCCACCACUUCUAUCCCAAACCCCCACCCUGCGCUCGCCCUGUGGCACCGGGCCCUGAGUCCCAGCCCCCUGGCUCACCGCCACCCCCGCUGCGCUGGUCUGGCUUCACCCCUCCAGCCCCGCCCCCUUCCUCCUCUUCCUCCUCCUCUUCCUCCUCACUUGACAUCAAUUCGAACCCCAAACCGAGUUGUCUGCACUUCCCCAAGCACAGCCCACCUGGUGAUAUGUCGCAUGCCCCCCCGCCAGACACUAAUGCUUCACCGCUCUACAUCAAAACCCCCUUGGUACUAACCCGCCAUGACCAGAGCCUUGGCAACCCCCCUAGCCUCCCUUCGUCCGCGCCCCCACCCCCGCCGUGGGCUGCCUGUCCAUGUGUCCGAGAGAGAGGACCCCCCAGGCUGACUAGUUCGUUGAAGAGUAAAGAGCUUUCCCCUGUAAUUGGACACAAAGCCAUCCAGGUGGCAGGUCCAACAGUUCCCCCCAGCAGUAGCCCUCAGAGCAGCAGCCAGUCUCCACACUCAACAGAGCACAGUCCACACACCCUGCGCAAAGGUUCCAAGAAGUUGGCCCCUGUGCCUCCCAAGGUCCCUUAUGUCCCGUCUGGAGGGAUGUCUGACCAGUCCACAGGUCAGCCGUCACCGGUCAGCCUGUCCCCCACACCUCCUAGCACGCCUUCCCCUUAUGGACUGGCCUGUCCUCCAGGACAAGUACCCCCUUCUUCCCCUGGGCAGACACCACUGGGGACACCCCACUCUCUUUCAUCCCCACCCUCCCUGACCGGAACACUCACCAAAUCGCGGCCUGCCCCAAAGCCCAGGCAGAGACCCAGUCUGCCCCCUCCUCAGCCACCCACGGCUCCACCUGGGUUCACUGGCUCAGCCAUGGCCCCAGUUCCCCAGCCCCUGGAGCAGGGCCUCCUGGAUGGACUGUCUCCUGGAGAGAGCAUGUCUACAGAUAUCUUCAAUUAUGAAAUCCCCUCCAUCAAUGUCAAUCUGGACAGCCUCAUCGAUGAGUUCAGCGGUGCCCCCUGCAGGAGGUCCCUGGCAGUGACAGACUCUCAAGAGGGGGACGCUGUGCCUGAGGAGGAGCCCCAGAGCACCACUCUAUGACCUAUGACCCUAAGGCAUCAUUUACCAGCACCCCUAUGGCUGUACAUACUUUUAACUGUCGCCGCCAAGGCCUGAUGGAAACACCAACUGGCCUCACCAAUGCCCACCUGAAACCAGAACAUGAACCCUCCCCCACAUCUGCUACAGGCUGCAAAGAAACUUGUCUUUUACAAUUGCUCGCUAGUACAUUAAUGUGACUACGAAAAGAAAAAAAAAAAAAAACACCAAAAUGCCAUAGUGGAGGAACAGUUGCCUUUAGGAGGAAAGACUGGAAUAUAGAUGAGUAUUAUUUUAAAAGAUUUUUUUAUUGUUUUUUUUCUGCUUUGUUUUGUUCAUCUUUGUUGUUUAAUGCAGUGAUCUGUAUUUCUGCGUGUUUUUUUUUUCUUUCUUUGCCUUAUCAGAAACAUGCAAUCAAAUUGCAAUAUGAUACAAGUUGAACAACUUUUGGUUAGGGAAACUCAGAGCCUGACAUGGUUAGGAGCAAAGCCCAAUUCUCAGGGUGAAACAGAGACGGAGUGAGAGCGUAGUCUGGUUACAUUGCUCACAGGGUAUUCAAGCUUUGUGCACAUUAGGAACAUGCUGAGCCCUAGAGACAGGCUUUGCAUGCAAGAUGAAACAUUUGAUGCAGUUUUAUUAUUGUUAGUGUCGCCCCUUACCUUUCCCCUCCCAUCUUCCCUUAACCUCUUCUAUCACAAAUUACAAUUGUAGUUCUUUGUCCAACAGUUACCUUUGUAUAGGUAAACUCACUUUAACUCACUUUAUACCAGCACAGUAUGAGAAGAAUGUUAUUGUAAUUCAAGUUUUUGUACUUGCAUCUGUUAUUCAGUUAGGAAGAAAGCACCACGAUGUGUUUGCAUGAUAAGCCAAUAUGAUCGACCUGCUAUGGAUCAAGGGCCUGAGAAUGGCAGUGCUUUACUUUGUGCGAGUGUUGCUGUUGUUUUUCACUAUGGACAGUAAAUUUAGAAAUCACCCCUGUGCUGUGCAGUUUAAUGAUAAUGGAUGGAUGAUGACACUGCCUUUAGGUUCGUAUGAGUCUCUCUCUUAACUUUGUUUCAAGUGCUUCAGGUUCAGUGACCUUUGACCCCAAGUGUAAAUACAAAGACUGUAUAUAAAGUGAUGUAUAUAAAGCUGAGAGGAAAAGUAUAUGUAAAAUGCAUAUCUUGAAUAUAUAAUAAUAUAUGUGCUGAUAUUUAUCGUGUAGAAAAUGUAAUGAUUAAAAAAUUUGAUGUUAUUUUUGUCCCUGCACACAAUGAACAGGUUUACUGUAGAUUCAUAAUUUUUCACUUUAACACCAGGUAACUGCAAUGCUGCAGCAGAAAUGCAGAAAGUUAUUUCUGCUAGAAAUCAAAUGUGGUCUUUCUAAUUCUGCCUCCUGAGCUUUGACUUCAGACAUGCUAGAGCACUAAUGAGUUACACACCAAUGCCCUAUCUUUUCUUUUCUUUUAAAUCUUUUACUUAAGAGAUUCUGUGUAAAUAUUUAGACUCCUUUGAACCCACUCUGACCAUUUAUUAAUUCAUAAUGAAGACAAAUGUAGUCCCGAGCCUCUAUUACUGGACUGAUUUUAUGAUUAGUUAGAAAGCAAAGCCGAAUUUGGCACACAUCUAAAUUUGAAAGUGUUGACGUCCUUUGUUGUCUAAUCCCAGACAAUUAAUUAGAGAUAAUUAAAACUCACCAGAUAACAGAUGCUGCAGUGUCACUUUUUUAAUUUCCUACAAUUUGUCUUAGGACAAUAAUUUUGUCAAUUAAAGUGCAAUUAUAGUGUUUACUGAUCGACCUCAGUCCAAAAAGUGGUCAAAGUCACCCCUCCUAAACCUACAGAAAAAAAGCCAUUAUUUUCAUUGCAAAGCGACUUUUCAAGUUUGUUUUUAUGUGUGAACUAACCUCUGAUAAAAUGAAUUCUCAAUUAAUCUCUCUCCAAAAGUGAUCUAUGGUAUGCAUCAGUGUGUGUUCUCAAUGGACUAUGUUUAUGAAGACUUUUGGUGAUGUUAAUUAUAUUGAUAGUUGUGGUAAUUUUAUGACAACAGUUGCAAGUGCCCUCACACUGGUUGUUAUUUUUGGAACUAUAGGCAUAAUUAAUGUGUACUAAAGGAUUUAUUUUCUGUGCUGAAUCCAUAAAUCUAUCUGAGGAGGCAGGGGUAUCUCUGAAUGUGACUGACUCAAAUGGUAGGCUACCUGAUUUUAUAAUAACUAACGGGGCAAAGGAAAGUUAGUAUUUGAUUGAAGGUUAAUUAGGGCCUGUUGGCAUGUAUUAUUACCAGUACAGGGCAGUAUUACUAUAAUGCUUUUGUGCAUCAUAACUGGAACUUACAGCCACCUAAAAGCAUGCAUUCAUAUUCAUUCUAGGUGUGUGAUUAUUAUGCUGCUAAAAGAAGAAAAAACGAAACAUCUGUACCCUCCCCCAAAACACGAGUCAUUAUUUCAUCUCAUAUCUAAUUUCUAGUCAGAAAAUUAAUUUCAUAUCAGUUUCCAAGCACAUAUAGGAGCAACUUUUUGCACCAAAUGGUACACUUUUGCAUAGUUUUACCAAGCGUUCAAAUUACAGUCCGCCCAUAUUUCCUAACUCGGCUCAUCACCAAGUAUGUUGGCCUAAAAGUGAAGCCCAGUUUGUUUACAUUUUGUGUGUGGGGAGGGGGGCGUUUAAAUGAGAAAAAAAUGAGAAAAAAGUGUCAUGCAUGCGCUUAGAUAGUCUUUUGAUAAUCCAUGUUUUGUGUCAACCACUGUCUUUUUAGGGAUUGUAAGAGGGGUGAUGAACAAAAUGUAUAGAUGGAUGCAAGAGAAUGUGGAUCACAGUAAAUGGUCCUUUGUGGGUUUUUGAGCAAUACGGUGGAGGAGCAGAAGUUGCCUGUGGAUGUACUGCCUCCUUCUGCUUUCACUACUACUGUACAAACGAAACCUGCCGCUUAUCAAGCCCACCAUGCCCACCCCUUCCUCCUCUGCUUAGCAUAUCAAGUGGAACACAGUGUGUACUGUGAAGCCUACCUGCAAUCCUUAUCAGAAUGUCAGAAAUAAAUAUAUAUAUAUAUAUUAAACUCUACAUUUUUAAUAAUCUCA